AUGGGUUAUAUUGGACCUCAUGGGGUCGCAACACUACACAAGUACAAGUACAGCGGCGUAGACAACUCUUUGGUUGCGAAAUAUGUAUUGCAACCAUUUUGGAAUCGCUGUGUUACUCUCUUCCCUCUUUGGAUGCCGUAAGUUUUCCUCCCAGACUUGUGCCUGAUUGUUUUAUGUUGUUUUGAGUUACCAACGAUAGCCAAUUAUCGAUAGCGGCAUAAAGAAGUGAGAAAGGAGGUGGGAGGAAAAAUAAGAAAUUCUACUGUAGGGGGAGCAUCUAUUUGGGAGAUCCUGAAGUCAACCAUGUAAUGGAUUUCCUUAGACUUGAAAAGCCAACCGAAAAAAAUGUGAGUUCUAACAGCGCAAGCGCCCUCUUCCAUGUAAUAUCUCGUUGCUCCAAUUGAACCAAGUAUACUUGAGGUGUUGCCCAUUUUCAACCUGAAUCUACAUUAAAAUUUUACCUAUCAGAAUACCUUGCAUUUUCUGGACAGCAAUUUAGUUUCCUGAAGCUGCUAUUUUUAAAUUUUUCUGACUUUCUUUUAUUUAUUCUUUAUGUCCAUGGUUGUCUGUGCAACUCCAGUCCAAAUAUGGUGAGUUUUGAUUUUUCAGUUUUUUUUUUGGAUUCUUAUCUUGAAUUUACAUCGGCUGUUUUGUUCUCUAUAUGAGUUUGAUUGCAUGCGCGGUAUUCAUGUUACCCAGAUCACUCUUACUGGAUUCGCGUUCCUAGUCACAUCAGCUUUACUUGGUUAUGUAAGUGAACUACCGCUUGGUUAUAUUUUUACCUUUUUCUAAUUUAUUCCUUUUACAAUUGUUCUUCUUUUGUUGUUGGAUCCUCCACGGAAAUAGGAAGUCGAUAUCUUAAACUUUCUCAUCGUUCAUAAGAUGUAUAAAGACAGGUUGAAUAUGAUCAGUAGUAUACACUAUCUGAAGAUUUAUUAAUGAGAUUUGGUGCUUCAAUCUAAUUCAAGUGUGGAAUUGACCAGUGUUUUAAGAGGUAGAAUGUAAUCCUGAUCUAAUGAAUAAUUCCAAAAGAUAAAACGUUAUCGGCAGUUCCUGCAUCAGUAUUAGCAUUUUGUUGGGCAACAUAGUUUUGUUAGAUUCCCAAUUCUGGGAACUGUGUGAGGAUGACAUUAUUUGUGAAAAGCUGGUGGUAUAUUAAAGGAUGAUCUUUAACACAUACAAGGAAUUUAUCCCUUCACCUUCUGUAUCCACUGACUUUUCCCUUCAAUGGGGCAUCUUCUUUACAGGUAUAUUCGCCACAUUUAGACACUGCUCCCCCAAGAUGGGUGCACUUUGUCCAUGGCUUGCUGCUCUUUCUAUACCAGGUUUGCUCAAGUUAAUUUCUCACAACACUUUCUUGUUUUCUUUGCUAGUGUUUUUCUCUGGUCUUUCUAUACCAGGUCUGUUCACGUUUUUGUUCAAGUUAUAUUUUUAUCGUCUGCACGUUUUAACAAAUAUGAUCGAGUUCUAGAUUUCCAGGGCAAGAAACUGUCCAUAAAAAAUUGAAAUAUUAGGAAGUUGUAACCAAAAGUUUGGAAGAUUUUGACGCCUCUCCCUUUCUUGGUCUUGUCGUGUUUCUCUGAUUUGGCUUUGGAUACUAUAUACUUGACAGACUUUUGAUGCUGUUGAUGGAAAGCAAGCAAGGCGUACUAACUCAUCAAGUCCAUUAGGGGAACUUUUUGAUCAUGGUAGAGCCCCUCUUGUUCAGAGUUUCUUGAAAUGCUAAACCAAAGGAAACAUUGUUCAAUAUACUGCUUUGAGUCGAGAACUCACCUGACUUUUCACAUUAAUCCAAUUGCAGGAUGCGAUGCGCUGACCUGUGCAGUAUGCUAUCUAUCCUUAUCAAUGAACAUUUUGAAAUAUGGCAUUUUGUUUUCCAUUUUUAAUAUUUUUUUAAUGCUGUGUUCUCAGUUUGAAAGCUUGGCUUUCGGAAGCACUGCUAUGUGUGGGAGGGCUACGUUUUGGUUUUGGGUACUUUCAGCGGUUCCAUUUUAUUUUGCAACAUGGGAACAGUGAGUUACUUGUCAUUUCCCUGCUUCACCUCUUGUUAUGUUUUCCUUUGGUGCGCGAUCUUACUUAAACGAAUUGAUCACCUUCUUUAAUCUCUCUUGAAUUUGGACAAGGAUCGAAGCUCUUUCAUUGGAUGUUUUCUUUUAGUUGCUGUUAUAGGUUAGUUAACAGCUGAAAAAUCAAUUGUAAUUGCAAGCUCGAAACAUUUCCAUUUUAUGCAGAAAACUAUGUCGUAUUAAGAUAUUACGCGCAUGGGCAGUAAGAUAAUUUAUGUAUAAUGGAAUAAUACUGGUUAAUUUUCAAUGUCAUGGGUGUCUUGAUCCUCAGCAGUUCUAGUACCUUUUUUGGAUAAAUUUGAUGAAAGCAUUGUUAUGGCUUUUGACCGUAAGAGUCCACUCUAGGAUAGCCCAAAUGUAUUGUUGUUUGGAUAAGUUGCUUAGAUUCAGACGUUCAAAAAAUGAGGGAACUUGCAUAAAAUUAUUAAUAACUGGCCAUACAGAAAAUCUGUGAAUUUAUGGUGGCUACAAAACUGCGAAGUUUCCUUUGGGGGCUUCAGUAACUUGCUAUUUUUUUCACGACUUUUAUCCCUUUGCUAACACCUAGUUUCUACGGUCCAGCUUUUUUACCAAUACGCUUAUUCUUCCCGUGAUAAAUGGACCAACAGAAGGUCUCAUGCUGAUCUACGUAUCCCACAUUCUUACAUCUUUUGUUGGUAUGUAGCUUAAAUUUCCCUCCUCCGAAAGCUGCGAAAUAUCAUCAGGAUUACUGUAUUCAAUUGACUUUUAUAUUUUGAAUGCUCCUUUUUACUGCCAGGUGCUGAGUGGUGGGCACAAGAUUUCAGAAAGUCUGUUCCAUUUCUAAGUUGGAUACCUGGAGACUAUGGUUUGAUUCUUUUCCAGUUGAUAUACAUUGUAGCAGAUGUAGACUUACCAUUUUUGCCCCCCCCCCCAAUUGUUCCCCUUUCCUUUGGCUAUGAUGUCUUACUUUUAAAGAAACUUAGACUCCAUGUAUACGCAUAUAAUCUCAAUAUGUUUAAAAAUUAUUUUUUGCGCAGUGCCCACUUUUGAUAUCUUAAAUGCUCAAUGCCGAGAAUCAACACGAAAUAUUAAUGAAAGAUGUUCCUUUUAAAAAAACUCUCACAAGGGAGGAAAAGAAGAGUUCCAGGAUGGAGGCUAGUCCGUCGUCAGAGUCUAACAUUCUUCUCUGUCUUAAUCAGACGUCAUAGUUAUCCGUGGUAAUGAUAAUGAAAGAUAGGAAACAUUGGUACAGGUUUUCCGUUGCCCAAACAUGGAAUAAAAAGGAAACUGGUCAAAUCGUCAACUGUCCCAAUCAUUUCUUUGUUUUGCUCUGGAUGAACAGGAAGGUUUGAUGUGUUUCAAAUUUGAUCCAAAUUGAUUCAUGGUUACCCAUUGAAAAUAUCAGCCAAUUAGUCUUCGGGAUAUAUGAUAAGCAUCUUUCACCUAUAUCGAGCCUUCCAUUGAUAAAGUUCCUCUCAAUGUCAAUGUGUUUGUAGUAGCCAUUAUAAGGAGGUCUAUCAUUAGUUUUGGUUGUAGUCUUCUUGUCACAAGCCUUGGUCACCCAUCAUCUAUGAGAGAAAUAUACCGUGGGACGACUCAUGCUGUAUUCUGGUUCAUCAGUACCAUUAGUAAGUUCAGCGUUAUCCAGUUUUAUUUGGUGAAUGUACUGCAUCACGUUGAGGACCGUCUUUCCUUCGUAUAACCUGUACACUUACGUAUCAAACUGAAAAUCUAAUCAAUCAUUGCCGUCAAUGAAAGCCUUGCAAGCACAGAAUAUAUAGUCCACUUCAGGGUAUCAUAAAUUUAGUUUGACGAUACAUAUGCAAGCUACAUAAGAUCCAUCAAAUUAUUCAGUUUGACUUAAUGAAUGUGUGCUAAAAUAUGUAUUUGGAGAAUUCUCAUUUCGUCGUUUUCUUCACUUUACUGUUUUGUCACUAAGAGAUUUCAUUCUGCAUUUUGAUGCUUCAGAAAUCCCAUUUUAUGGAGUUGCACUCGCUCUAAUGUUUGGAUUCGGUGUUUUCCCAACAAUCGGAUCCAAGUAAGCACAUCUCUCGUUAUAUGUUAAGAAUUUUUUUAAGGUUUUUACUUGCGACUUUGAGACACUCUUUUGCAAACUUUGGACUGAACAUGUACCAUCAAAAUCAUCACUAUGUUGCUGAUGAUGAAGAAAAUAAUACUAACUAAAAGAAUAUUAGCCAUAUCGUCAUCAAAUUCUUACGUAUUACAGUUAUUCUGCGCUUUUUGUCUCCCUGAAAAGUGUUCUUACUGUCGAAUGCUUAUAGUUAUCCUUGGGAGGAAGCAUCUUAAACUACAUACGAUGAGCUACUGAAAUGAUAUUCUUUGAGCUUACCUAUUGUUGUUCUCUCCCCCAGCAUCAAUAAUGUCUAUAACGUUGUCCAAGCAAGGAAAGGAAGCAUGCUGCUUGCAUUAGCAAUGGUAUAAUCUUCGUUGGAUGUUUUACCUGUUAUCAUUAUUUUCAUGACCGGAACUAACUGCUUAAUUAAUUUUCGUGUACAAUUUGGAGAUGGUAAAAGCCAGUCAAUGUCCUGCCGAUGCUGUGGAUGGUUGUAUUGUCUUUUACCAUUUCCCUUGUUAUAAAGAGGCCAGUUCGUUCUAUUAAGAUAGUUUUUUCAUAAGUUUUGUGUUUAUUUAUAAAACCCAAUGAGAUGGAACCUUGUUGACCGAGCGGCUUAGGCACUGGAUUGAAAAGUUAUCUGAUUAAAGUUCUCUCAAACAUUCUAAUUGCCUAGAGAAUUCAUCGCUUCAUCAUUGCUAGGGCCAAUCAUGCUUGUCUAGGUUGUGGUAGUAUAUCCUGGAGUCAAACAGAAAAUUGAAUCAUACUAACCUAAAUGCAUGAUUCUAUUGUUUGAUGAUAAGAUUGCGUAUACCCUAGAAUUUUGUACUCUCAUUCUGUACCCUCGAAUUGUCUGGUGACCCUUGUUCCUGCUGUAGAAUCCACUACAGAAUGCAAUACACGUCCAUUCAUUGAUAUGCCGUUUAUUUGGGUAUUGCACCCAGCACAACACCAAGAGUGAUAUCAUUUCAAAUAGCUAUUAUUUUAGGCGAAACUAUUUCAUGAAUUGUCAGAUGUUGGUCAUAUAAAGUGGCAAGGGACUUCUAAUCGUCAUAUCUUUCUCUGUUCUGAAAACAUUUCACUAUAUCCCUACAUCGGCGCUGACCUUUCUGUUAUUUCGGUCAGCUCUUUCCAUUUGGCGUGCUCAUGAGUGGAGUUCUAGUCUGGUAUGCAUAUGAGCUUUCUGCCUCUUUCCUCGGUUUUCUGUUGUGAUUGACAGGAUUUUUUUCCUAUUUCCUAUUCUAGGUCCGUUUUGUCUCCUGAUGAUGUUAUGAAGAACUACCCACAUCUGCUUCUCAUUGGAACAGGAUUUGCUUUUGGGUUCCUUGUGGUAUGUGGUUUUGUGCUUUCUAUGGGCUACUUGAAUGCCAGUUCUUCCAUUGCAGCUUGCCGCAAUGGAACCAUGAAUAAUUUCUUAGCCCAUCGAUAUUUUCAGAACUAGAAUUCUGAAGAAACAUUAUAUCUUCUUCUGCAGGGGAGGAUGAUUUUAGCUCAUCUUUGUGAUGAACUCAAGGGCUUGAAAACAGGAAUGUGCAUGGUAAUUGCCUCAAACCUUGCCCUAAUGUAUAAAAUUCAGUAAUACAUUUCCUUUUUUAGAAUUUGUUAUAUUACAUAUAUCGACAUUGAUUGUUGAGCCAAGCUCAAAGGCUGCUGAAGGCUGAUACUUUUCUUUAAAUGUGAGCCUCAAAAAUCUGGUCCGGAGAGGAAAAUAGGCCACCUUUUGAGUCUCAUACCCGCAUUUGGUCCAAGCUUUGGUUGUGUCCACCUUCUCUCUCUCUCUCUCUCUCUCUCUCUCUCUCUCUCUCUCUCUCUCGUGGAUAUGGAGGGCCAAAACCCAUUUUCUGUGCUUUUCUCCAGAGAUCAGACCGAGCCCAUUUGCACCCCAGAUUAGCAUCCGAACAUUUCUCCAGAGGUCAACCAACCACUUCCGACCUCGUUGCAGGGCCAGGAUCCGCAUAUUGUUUUCCGUCUGUUUGUUGCUAAGCGACCGUUGGCACUGUGUGUUGACUUGUUGAUUUCUUUGAACAGUCUCUACUAUAUCUUCCUCUCGCCAUUGCGAAUGCACUCACGGCUAGGCUCAAUGGCGGGUACGCGAUCAGUUUCCAGAUCCUUCAUUGGCCUUUCCUUCUAUUUAUAAUGAAAAUAAUGCCUAUCUGAUUUUGAUGAGUUUUCCUGACAGAGAGCCGGUGUUUAGUGAGCGUUGGGUUCUCAUCGGCUACUGUACAUUUACAGGUAACCAUUUUAUCUCGAAACUCUAGAGACUCUUCUACUAACACCACUGAUUGGCCCACCGUUCAAAGCUUGUUUCAUCCUCUACUUAGUUAGUUGAAUCUAUAUUUGGAAUAAUCUUCCUUUUUCGGCUCGCCCAACUAUCCAUGAAAGAAGAGUUGACUGGGCAAAUCGUUAUUUCAUGCAGAAAGGUCAACCCAUCUAGCUCCCCAUUAAAUAACAACAAAUAAUAAGAAACAGCAGUGGACGACAGGCUUAGAAUGGCAAUUAUAUCAUUUUAGGAAAGGUCAACCCACUGCAAGAGAAGCUGGCCUGCUAAUUGACAAAAUCCUAUCCUACAUCUCCCUCCCUCCUUUGGGCCCUUCAUUUCUCGUCUCGGCAUCUUCAGCUAUUUUACUCGAUCUGUUCAGUUGACCCUCUGUUUUUUUUUUUUUUUUUUUUUUUUAAUAAUGUGUGGAUGUUGAAAAUACGACCCAAAAUCAGUCACUCUCUACAUGCAUUUUGCCACGUCGGUCAUCCACGAGAUCACGACGGCGUUGGGCAUCUCCUGCUUCAGGUGAGGAGGCUGCUCAUCCGCCUUGAAUUGAGGGAGCAAGCUGGUUUUUUUGGGGAAUCCAUUCUGACUUUGUUCCUUGGACGGCAGGAUCACCCGGAAAGAGGCCUAG